UGUAAUAGAUGAAGGCAUCGCAAAGUCGCAAAACAAAUUUGCUGUAGCACAUAUAAUUAAAGUAAAAUUAUUUAGUGCAUUAUGGAAUGGUACAUUGGUCUUUUAUUCCUGAUUGUGAUACUGGCUGUUACAUUCUUUUACUUUGGCCGGGAUCAACUAUAUGUCAGCCACAAGAACUUAGAUGGAAAAACAGUCCUUGUAACUGGUGCAGCCAAAGGAAAAGGAUUCGAAAUAGUGCUUGAUUUAGCUAAGAGAAAUUGUCGUAUAAUUAUGACGUGUGCAGACAAGAAAGAUGGCGAAUCUGCCAGGCAGCGAAUUGUACAGCGGACCGGAAACACGAAUGUUGUGUACAGGGAACUUGACCUCAGUCUGAUGUCAUCAGUGCGCGCUUUCGCUACGUCAUUUAAAAUUACAGAGAAAAAGCUGGAUAUUCUAAUCAACAACCAAGAAUUGUGCACCAGGGAAAAAACAAUGACAAAAGAAGGCCUCGAUUUAAUCUUUGCCAUAAAUUAUUUUGGACCGUAUUUGCUGACAACUCUAUUACUAGAUUUAUUGAAGAAGUCACACGGUCGCGUUGCAAAUGUCGGCUCUGUUCUUCCUGCAUCCACAGAAUUGGACUGUGAAAAUCUAAGAGCUGAGAAGGGUUUCCAUAGUCAGCGGUUCUAUCAAUCUAAGCUGGCGUUAUUAUUAUUUACCAAAGAGCUGGCAAGACGCACAGAGGAUUCAGGCGUCACUGUAACAUUUGUACACUCGGGACUAGUGCAAGCAGAACUUUACAGAGACGUAUCAUGGGUGUAUCUUUUUCUGCAGUCCAUCAUAACAGGGCGAUAUGUAAAGACGACGAUAGAGGGCGCCACAACUAUUUUGUUCUGCGCAUUGGAUGACUCGGUGCAGACAGGAGGCUAUUACAUGAAUUGUCGUCUGACUGACCAAACUGUGUGGGUCCCCAAGUGUGCUUAUGACGAGGGUUUGGCCAGGAAACUCUGGGAGAUCAGCGAAAGACUCACAGCAAGUAGUGACGUCAUUGGUCAGCUCAGAGAGAGGCUAUCAAAGGGGACUUAGUCCAAAGUCGUUUUACUAUAACAGUAAUUAACUUAUAAAUAUCUCUAUAUCAACAACACAAAGUGUUAAAAUUUGACAUUUUUAAUUUACGAUUAUAUUUACAUAUUACUCAUAACAUGUUUCAUAGUAUGUUAAAAAAAUAAAAAAAAUAAAAAAAACAUACACGUGAAAUUUCUAAGUCAUUAACUUGGCAAGAAAUUAAUUUAAAGAAUAAUUUUGUAUGUGGGACAAAACCAACAGGAAAAAUUGGUUUUAUGGAAUAUUAUAAAAGAUUGUACAUGGAUUUUACAUGCAUAAAAGUUUACAAUACCAAUGUAAUUAAAUUAACAGACAUACAAAUGUAACAUACAUGUAUUAUAAUUAAGCUAUGAAAAUGCGAAAACGUGUGUCUCUUUUUAAAGUACAAUCUACUAAUUUUCAAGCCAACAAGAACUCGCAUGGACAGAGAAAUUUUGAAGCAUUUUGUUGAGAUGUUUGAUUUUUAAAGGUACUAUAUAAUAUAAAUAAAUAAUUUAAUAAAUA